GGGGAGACCCUUCUAAAGAAAGCACAUGUAAUUAACUAAUUAACGUGGCAACUCUACACAGAUCUGCGGAUCGAUUCUCUGAUCAGACGAUCAAUACGUAUACGUCUGAUCGAUCAUUACGCACAAAAGCCAAUCCAUGGCCACGUGUAGUGCGGGACUGGGUCAAGGUGGAAUUGCAGUUGCAGUUGGAGUGCGGUCGGCACGGGGUGGAGUUGCGUUUGGAUUGGUGCACUCAGCGUGCCGACCUGCUGUCGCUGCAGAAUGCAGCAGAACAAGAUGGGGGGGGGUAGCGGCUGAUACUGGUCUGGGUCCCGACGUCGUCGACAGCGCGCAUGCAUGGUUGCGCUGCAAGCCGUUGCUCGCUGAAUCAGCAGCAUUAACGACACGUGGAUCCCCGAGAUUGCGCCACGUCAGCGCUGCUACGAAGCACUCUGCUGAUGGUCGCUGGACGGCAGAGCUUCGAUCCUCUAAGGCAACAACUGGCUGCGCCCGAUGGGGUUGCAAUUCCUGGUCAUCAUCACCUGCUGACGUGUCAGUGAUGGAACGCAGUAAUGACGACGGGCACGGCGAUAGUCAUCAUGUUCUCGACGAAGAGCGUCGCCGCCGCCUCCGCCGCCGCCGCCGGCGGAGUUCGGUCGCAUUUGCCGCCGCCACGUCCGGAUCCCUUGCUGACGUGGAGCACUUUGCGCCGCCAAUCGCUCGCAAGACGAAGCAGACCACGUUCAUGCACACAUUACCCUCUGGACUAGAACUCGAAGUGAUCAAACAGGUCCCUGUUAUGGACAACGACGAGGAGGAGGCGGAGGAGCGGGAGGAAGAGGGGAGAUUCUCUUCGUCAUCGUCCUCCGCGGAUAUGGUAGGUGGUGGGAGGGGACAGCCGGCUCCCAUGGUUUUCGUGCAUGGCAGCGCGCAUGCGGCUUGGUGCUUCGCUGAGCACUGGCUCCCCGCUUUCGCCGCGAUGGGCCACGAUUGCUAUGCCAUCAGUCUUCUUGGGCAGGGCGGGAGCGACGUCCCAGAUGGACCUGUUGCUGGAACCGUCGGCUCACAUGCAGAGAAUCUAGCAAGCUUUAUCCGUGAGCACGUGCGCUCUCCUCCCAUCCUGUGUGGCCAUUCCUUGGGAGGGCUGAUCGUGCAGUCGUACCUUGGCCGCGUGCUCGCACAUCAUCAACCCCCGCCUCAAGGAAACGAUUCUGAAGCCUCGGCUAUGGGGUCUUCUGUUGGAGGCUCGGUGAGCAAAGGCGUAGCAGGCGUGAAGGAGGGAGAGGAGGAAGAGAGGUGGUACUAUCCCGCCCUCGCGGGCAUGAUCCUCUGCUGUUCAAUCCCACCCACCGGCAGUGGGUCAUUGCUCAAAAGGCUGUUCUUUAAAGACCCCAUCACAUGGUGGAAGACGACCAUAGCCUUUAUAUUCAAAACAUAUGUCAAAGAUCCGAACAUGUGUCGACUGCUGUUUUUUUCUAAGUCCAUAGCAGAAGACAAACUUGCAAGGUAUCAUCAGCUCGUUUCCCAAAGCAGCAAAAUGCCUACUUUGGAAUUCGGUAAGCUGAGGAAGCUGUAUCCGCUUUUGGAAAGGCCAGCGCACCCACCACCUGUGCUAGCAUUAGGUGCAGAAUACGACACAAUCAUGGAUGAUGUCGGGAUCGGGGAGACGGCAGAGUUCUACGGCACGAAGCCAGUCGUCGUGGCGCGCAUUGCCCAUGACGUGAUGCUGGACGAUGGGUGGGAGAGAGUAGUGGAGGUAAUUAGGGAAUGGAUGGGUGAAAACGAGUUAGACUGACGGAGGAGGUAGGACACGUGGCGGAGGAGAACGAAGGUAGGUAGGUAGGUAGGUAGGUAGGUAGGUACGGCGCGGUAGGAGCGAUGGGAGAGAGAGCGGAUGGAGGUAAUUAGUAGUGAAGGCCUGCAGGAAACAUGAAGUAGACGGACAGAGGUAAGAUGGUAAGAUAAGAUACGCUAUCUGGAGAAAGAUACCUUUUUUUUCUCGGCAUUUUUUGGGUUAAAGUAAAUCUAAAUUACUGUAAAUCAAGUGUAGAAUCUGUUCUGAUCAUCAGUGCAAUAUCUGAUCUUCCUCCUUCCAUUUAAAAAAAAAAAAAAGAAGAAGAAGAAGAAGAUACGUGGAGAGCGAAGGUAGGUAUGAAGAUAGGAAAGAGAGGUAGUAGGUACAGAGGAAGGAACGAAGGUAGGCGACGAGUGAGGGAGGAGAUGCAGAGAGUCUGUCCUCUCUGCAUUUCCGCCUCCUCUUCCCCCCUCCCGCCUGUUUCCCCUCUUCUCGUGGAGCAGGUUUUUUUAAUGAGACUUCCUUGGAACGAAUUUCUAAAUAAU